UGGCUGUUGGGACGUGAUCAGUAUCACUCUCACCUGCUCCUUUUAGAUCUGACUGAGGCGCUCUAUUAGUAUUUGUUGUUGUUUCCUCUUCUUCUUCUUCUUCUUCUUCUUCUUCUUCUUUAUGUUUUUUUGUCUCAAGGAUGAAUGCCAAAACCCCCAGACUUCUUAAGUAUCCCUUCCAUGAACAUGCCCUGGUCCUGAAAGAGCUGAGCAAAAAUUUCAGCUGGGAGUGCCACUUCUGUAGUUUAUCCUCGAAAGGCGGUCUGGCCUACGGUUGCAUAGAGUACUGUGAGUUCUUCCUCCACAAAUCAUGCACCGAACUGCCCCCCGAGAUUCAACAUCCCUCUCAUCCACAGCACCCGCUUGUAUUGUCCGUAUCAAAACCGACGCGUCGCUGUUAUGGGUGUCCUUACCCGCUACGUUGUCUGUUCAUCUAUCAAUGUCGUGACUGUCAAAUAGGCUUACAUGUGGGAUGUGCAGCUGCAACUCUCCCUCCUCCUGAAGAAGAAGAAGAAGAGCAUAAGGAUGAGCAAAAGCACGAGGACAGGGACCACCACGAGGAGGACAUGAUUGAGCACUUCGCUCAUGACCAUCCUCUUUCAUCCUUCCACGUGGAUGCGCCAAAUUAUAUCGAAUGCAAGGUAUGCGGAAAGGGUAUCUCCGGUCGCGUCUAUGGUUGCCGUGCCUGCAUAUUCGUGCUGCACGAAUCUUGCGCUCUGGGACCCCGAGAGAUAAUGAAUCAUCCUUUCCAUCCACAGCACCGGCUUGCUGGCGGGUGUCUCGAGGAUUCAGUUAGAUGCGACGUCUGCAACCGUUACUGUAGCUUUGCAUACAGCUGCAAUGAAUGUCAUAUCAAUCUCGAUGCCAAAUGUGCUGUUUCCAUUGUGCAUCCUCCUCCUCGAGAUCAUGAUCAGAGUCGUAGCACAGACGAUAUGCGAGAUCAGAUCAAUGAUCUUUCCCACCCCCGCCAACUGACAUCUCUUCAUGCAAAAAUGGAGCUUGAAGCCACCUGCAACCUCUGCAGGAAGAAGAUAUCGGGUGAUUUUUACUGUUCGCCUGGCUGCCCUGUCCUGCUCCACCAAUCGUGCGGCGGCUUGCCCCAAAAGAUAGUGCACCCUCUUCAUCCAGACCACCCUCUCAUUUGCCAAACAGAUCUUGAUCGUAAUUGCUCUUUCUGUUCUGGUUAUGCGGAGGCCUUUGUAUUCAAGUGUGAAGAGUGUCACUUUUCCCUUCAUGCGGGAUGUGCUCUCCAAUCUGUCUCUGCUACGAAAGAGGAAUUAACUCUUAACAGUGAGCUUCUCCAUGAACACCCCAUGAGACUUCAGUUUCUAACUAAGGGACAUCGUUAUAAUUCAGGCAGUAUUGUCUGCUGCGAGUGCCCUGCUGAAGGUCUGGUUUACGUCUGUACAAAUUAUUGCAGCACGAUGAUCCAUAAAACAUGUGCUGAGCUACCACGUGAAUUAGAACACCCUAUUCACCCACAGCAUCCUCUCCUUCUUUCUUUUGAGCCACUCGACAAAUCCAAUCCUUGCUCUGCAUGUCUGGAAAGCUCUCGAGGAUUCACCUAUUACUGUGAUUAUUGUAAGAUCCAGUUCCACGCGCAUUGUGUUAUGAGGAGGCCGACUCUAAAACAUCCGCGUCACGAGCAUAGCCUAUCCUAUUUCAAAGAGAUAGGCCGCGAUCUCUACGGGGCACAAUGCAAUGUUUGUUACGAUGAGUGCAGGAUUGACUUCUACCGCUGUGUACCCUGCAACUAUAAUCUUCACUUCAGUUGCCUGCCUCUGCCCCCUUUGGUCAAACACGAAUUCCACUUCCAUCAGCUGGUGCUAUGUGAUAGAGUUGUUGACGACUUUUAUGAUUAUGAGGAGCAGUACUGCGAUGUGUGUGAGACACUCAGGCACCCAGAACAGGGUAUUUAUUAUUGCGAGGAGUGUAAUUAUGAUGCCCAUAUCGAUUGCGUCAUCCCCAAGGCAAAUCUCGAGAAAAGGAGACAAAUGGAGGACAUUAAGCUCAAGCAACUGGAUGAACAAAUUGCCAGUAAAGAAGCGGGAGCAGAGACAUUGAAGACAAAAAUGGAAUUGGCAAAGAAAGAAUGGGAAAUGUCAAAGGAAAAAUGGGAAAUAGCAAUGAAAGAUCUGGAGGAGCUUAAGAAAAAGAGACGAGAGAUACCGAGCUCUUGAGCGCAACAGCAAGAAGAGUCGGAGUCGGACAGGCCAUGACCUUGGAGUUUCGUAAUGCUCUCUCUUGGCAUAUCGUUCAUAAUAAUAGGGAUCUCAUGCAUCCAAUUAGUCAAAAUAGAUUUUAUUCAUUAUGUGCGUUUGUAAGCAGAGAUCUUAUUCUGCGCUUGUCAUUCUGAUUAUGAUCUAAAAUUACUUCUUAAGGACCAGAUCACUGAUUAUUGCAAGUGUUUAAAAGUAUUUCUGAAAAGCCAAAUUGCGUGA